AACCAUUCUCCUCAAGCUCUCUUUUCAUCUUACUCCCAGCCGCUCCUUGGCCAUUCUCCAACAUGAGCGGGUUCCGGUUUUUAAAUCUCGUCCGACCUUUCCUUCCGCUCUUACCUGAGGUUUCUUCGCCUGACCGAAAAGUACCUUUUAAUCAGAAAGUGCUAUGGACCGCCGUCACUCUUCUUAUAUUCUUGGUCUGCUCCCAAGUGCCUCUUUAUGGAAUCAUGUCCUCCGACUCGUCUGACCCUCUGUACUGGAUGCGUGUCAUCCUUGCUUCAAACCGUGGCACUCUAAUGGAACUCGGAAUCAGCCCAAUCAUCACUAGUGGAAUGAUCAUGCAACUGUUGGCUGGUGCAAACCUAAUUGAAGUCGACUUUGGAUUGAAGGAAGACCGGGCCUUGUUUAGCGGCGCACAGAAACUUUUCGCCCUCAUCAUCUCGCUAGGCCAAGCUACUGUUUAUGUCGUCACCGGUCUUUAUGGACAGCCCAGCGACUUGGGUGCGGGUGUCUGUCUCCUCCUUAUCAUCCAAUUGGUUUCUGCGGCUCUUAUCGUGAUUCUCUUGGAUGAGUUGCUUCAGAAAGGCUAUGGACUUGGCUCUGGAAUUUCGCUCUUUAUCGCCACCAACAUUUGUGAAUCCAUCGUCUGGAAAGCCUUCUCUCCUACUACUGUAAACACUGGUCGUGGACCAGAAUUCGAAGGUGCUUUCGUCGCCCUCUUCCAUCUCCUCUUCACCUGGAACGACAAAGGUCGUGCUCUCCGAGAAGCUUUCUGGCGAGACAGACUCCCCAACGUUAUGAACCUCAUCGCGACUGUCAUUGUUUUCGCUGUCGUUAUCUAUCUGCAAGGAUUCCGCAUCGAAAUCCCGGUCAAAUCUAACCGAUUCCGUGGUCAGCGAGGAUCGUACCCUGUCAAGUUGUUUUAUACUUCGAACAUGCCAAUCAUGCUACAGUCGGCUUUGACUUCCAAUGUCUUCAUGAUCUCUCAGAUGCUUGCCUCUCGUUUCCCAUCCAACCUCCUUGUGAAAUUGCUUGGUGUGUGGGAGCCUUUAGAUGACUCUCCUCAACUGCGGGCAACGUCUGGCAUUGCGUACUACAUGUCGGCCCCUCAUACUAUCAAAGAAGCACUUUUAGACCCCAUUCACACUGCUCUCUACAUUGCUUUUGUCGUUUCGGCUUGUGCUCUUUUCUCGAAGACUUGGAUUGAAGUCUCGGGAAGUGGUCCCCGAGAUGUCGCCAAGCAACUGAAAGACCAGCAGAUGGUUAUGGCUGGUCAUCGUGAAGGCUCCAUGUACAAGGAAUUGAAGCGUGUUAUCCCUACUGCUGCUGCCUUCGGAGGAGCCACUCUUGGUCUUCUGUCUGUGGCUGCAGACUUCAUGGGCGCAAUUGGAAGUGGAACUGGUAUCCUCAUGGCCGUUACCAUCAUUUACAGCUAUUGGGAGAUUGGCAUGCGGGAAUCGGGUGGACCUGAAAUGGCUGCUCUCAGUGACUUGCUAUAAAUGACCGUCAUACACUCUGGUAUCCUACAUAUUUAUCGCCGUCGUGCGCUUUUGAAGUGGUGCACUCAGGAGGUAUGGAGGGACAAGAAAAAAAAACAAGGGUCCGCUCUACUAAUUUUUCACUUGGGUGAAGUCUUGUUGAAUAGAAUAUCGGUGGACGUGAUCCUGUUUCUAUAUCAUGACCUUUUCGUUAUUUAAUGAUGAAAAAAUGGGAGAUGUUUUAGGACCGACA